AAUCUAUUUUCCCAAAAAGAAAAUUCAAUCCAAUCCGUGCGUCUGCAAAUUAGGGUUCGUGAAACGCUGGAUCCGCACAAAAAAGCAAUGGAAAUGGAAGUAGUGGGACGGCACGCGCUGCUCUUCGACGACGACGCGAUGGCGGCGUUUGUGAAUUCAACCGACGCGCUGGUGGAAUGGAAUUCUAUUCCCAUCGAUCGCUACGACGUUCGCCACCUCCUCUCCUCCCCUCCGCCUCCCAGACGCCGCAAUUAUCAUCAUCCUAUUGAAUCUAUUGAAUCGGAGCUCGAUCUCGAACGUUAUGCUGAUCUCUCUUAUCAGCAACAAGAAGAGGAGGAGGAUUUGAAAACAGUUAAUGCUGGUGGAUACAAUGCAGUUGCAUUUUCAUAUGGAAACGAGGAAGAGUCUGCUUUUCAUAAGGAUUCUGACUCUCGCUUGAAAUCAUCUGCAUUUUGCCCACCAUUCCCUGUCCCUGUGGACCUAGUCAUACCUCCUACAGAGAAGUUGCAUCAGAUUAUUGCAAGGACUGCUAUAUAUGUCAGCAAACACGGAGCACAAUCAGAAAUCGUUCUGAGGGUGAAACAGGGAGAUAACCCAACGUUUGGGUUUUUGAUGCCCGACCAUCAUCUUCAUUCCUACUUCAGGUAUCUUGUUGAUCAUUCAGAACUUCUGCAUUCUGAAGAAAAGCCUCAAAAUGACAAGAUAUCUGGUACUGAACGUGGAGUUGGAGGUGGAGCGUUGUCUUUGCUGGGUUCUUUGUAUGGGUUUGGGGAUGAUGAUGAUGCUGCAGUUGAGAAUGCCUUAACCUCUGAAGAAAAUGCCUCCAGUGGAGCUAUCACUGCUCACAUGUCUGAGAAAACAGCAUCUGUAAAAAGUAUUUCGAUUGAUGCACUUUCAAACCAUCCAGUCAACUCUCAAGAUGAAGUUCCAGCUAAGCCUAAAGAUAAAGUCUUUGUGCUUAAAAGGAAUUCCUUUACUAGUGGAUCAAAAGCUGGAAGUGGUAGUGACAGAAGAAAAGAAGCCGACUCUGUUGUUUCACACUCUGCCACUACAAGCAGGUCACAGUCUUCCUUUGUGACACCUACAUCAAUGGUCGAGCCUCCAUCUGAAAUGAAGAAAAUGAUUGCCAAGAUUGUUGAGUUUAUCAUGAAGAACGGGAAGCAAUUUGAGGCAGUACUCAUUGAACAGGACAGUGAACAUGGUAGAUUCCCAUUUCUUUUGUCCUCGAACCAGUACUAUCAAUACUAUCUAAAAAUACUCGAAGAAGCUCAGAAGUCAAGAGUUUCUGGGAGGGCCUCAGUAAAAGAAAAAGAUGGUUCAGGAUUGCAUGGGUCAAGUAAGAAGACUAUAGUCCCCAAGGGAAGUGGUUCUUCCUUAGAAUCUGCUGAAUGUGAGAUUCCAUUUGAUUUUGACAGAAAAGAUAAGUUCAAGAUGGUUAUUGGAAAGUCGAAGAAUGAUGGUCUAGACCCUCCAUCGAAGGCUGGUCAGCAACAAUCAGAAGUCGGUGUAGAUGCUGCUGCUGCUGCUGCUAUUCUUCAGGCGGCAACAAAAGGCAUUAGGACACCUAAUUUGGAUUUCCUCUCAAGAUCUUCUCUGAACCGUAAAGACAACAACAGUGAGCAUGUCUCUAGCUUGGGCAGUUCCCGUGCAUCUCAUCCUCAAAGUGUUGCUCAGAAAUCUGACGAAAAUGGAGCCAGGGCUCGUGAAGCAGCCGGCGAGGCUGAAUCUCGUGAAGCAAACUUGACCAGAGAGCAGAAGCUGAAGGCUGAGAGAUUGCGGCGCGCGAAAAUGUUUGUUGCUAUGAUAAAAAGUGGCUCUGCCCCCCAGAUUAAAACUGAAUCGUCUCAUGGUACAUCAUCAGAGCCCUGCAAUUUAAGUGGUGUUGAUGCUGAGGGUGAUCGUGCAGCUAGAGAACGGGAAGGUAGCUCAGCCCCAUUAGAGAUUGGUGCUACAGAAAAUAUUGAAUCAGCUGCAAAUAAAUUUUCCACUGAUGAAUAUAAUGAACGAAAAGCAAGGAGGAAGUAUCGUUCAAACUCUAGCAAGCAUGACGCUGCUAAAGAUUAUACUGAUGACGAGGAAGACGAGGUGGAAGAUGAAGUGGUAUAUAAGCACUCCAGAAAUAAGCACCGCAAAGAAGAGAAAGAUCAUUCUGAAAAGUAUCACAGACAUUCCAGGAGGCAUCACAGGUCCCGUAGGGCUUCACACGACGGAGAUGAAAAAGACGAGGUAGAACAUGAUGAUGAAAAGGAUCACAAAUAUUCCAGAAAGCAUCACAGGUCUUACAAGUCCUCAAAUGAUGAAGAUGAAGAGGAGCAUGAAGACAGGCGCUAUAGGAAGAAACAUCGGUCCCUUAGGUGUUCAAACGAUGGAGACGAGGUAGAAGGGGAUGACAAAAGGGAUCAUAAAUAUUCCAAGAAGCAUCAUCGGUCUUCCAAGUCCACAGAUGAUGACGAUGAAGAUGAAUAUGAAGAUAGGCGCUCCAGGAAGAAACAUCGCUCCCGUCAUCAUAGUAGACACCAUAGUAGAGAUAGUCACAGGCACAAACAUAGGAGGCAUACUUCUUCGAAGGACAGAGAAAGUCAGCGUCAAAAUAGGCAUAAUAUUACUUCUGGGGAAGAAAACGUGCUUUGUAUUGGAUCUGAUGAGUUUAAUGGGGAGGUACCUCAACCCGAAAGAGAAGAUCUGGAAGAGGGUGAGAUCAGUGCCAAAGUCUCAGAUCAGUCUAGAGGUAGUGCUGGUGGGGCCCAUAGAGAGCCUUCUGUUGACGUAUCAAGUUCGUUUCAGGAUCAGAAGAGUUCGUCUCAGCCAUUGGAACCCACUGAAGUCUCCAAUGACCUUAGAGCUAAAAUUCGAGCAAUGUUACUGGAAACUAUGUAAGCAUGAUGACACUGCAUUUUCGUGUAACCAUAUAUCAAUGUAUGUGCUGAAAGGUGGAAAUUUUUAUUUUAUUUUUUCAUAUAAUUUAAAAUAAAAAUUUCUGCAACUCCUUGUGUAUUUCUUAACCAUGUUUCCGAUUUGAUAUAGCUCUAGAGCUUGUGAGGGCUUUUUUAUUUUUGCCAUA